CGCAGUACAGGUUGGGCAUUAGUGCGCAUGCGCAUGGGUGUCCGGGAUUGGUGUCCGGGAUUGAGUGCGCAUGCGCAGUGCCUGUGUCCGGUGACAGAUCCUGCUGAUGCUGUAAAUGAGAAUCACCGGUGUAUAUAUCGUCCCUGUUACCCCUGAUAAUGGGAAGACGCCGGCACCCUGAUUUAUACUGCGCUCCGUUCCCGCUGUACAGCGUCCGCUUUCACCGUGGGGAUGGGACUGUUAUCACUGGCGGUGGAGGUGGGUCAUCCAAGACUGGAAUUAAGAACGCCCUGCACUUCCUGCGACUGGAGCGGAUCUCAGACAAGCUUGGUGCAGCGCUACUAUACUCCCAUGACACGGACACCAGGGCCACCAUGAACUUGGCCGUGGCUGGUGAGCUGCUGGCUGCUGGCCAGGAUGCUACAUGCCACAUCUUGCGCUACCAACACCACCCAAAGAAAGAGAAGAAUGAUGGUGGCAUCCGUGGCAAUGUUGAAAGUAAUGACCGGGGGUCAAGGAAGAGGAAGCCGUCGAAGAGCAGCACAGAAGCCAGCGGGGCAGGCACUAAGGAUGACACCCCGGACAUCACCCUGCAGACUGUUGCAGUGGUACAGACAGAUUUCAGCACUGAUACUCUGCAGAAGGCAGUGUGUUUUAACCAAGACGCUUCCAAAUUACUGACAGGGGGUGCUGAUGGACAUAUCCGGAUUUGGGAGGUCCCUGGGAUGAAGAAACUUUCUGAUUAUAAAGCUCAUGAUGGAGAAAUAGAAGAUAUUGCUGUCAGUCCGGGGAAUAAGGUGGUGACGGUGGGGCAGGAUUUCCGCUGCUGUGUGUGGGAGGCAGAUCAGCUGCUGUCUGAGCUUCAUUGGAAUGAAAAUCUGCCAAAUAUUCCGGAUAAAAUGUACAGAUACCGAGCCUGCAGGUUUGGGAAAGGGACGGAUCAGAGGAACAGCCUCCGACUCUACACUGUACAGAUCCCGCAUAAGAGGGAGCGUCGCCCACCCCCGUGUUUCCUCACCAAGUGGGAUGGUCUGAGCUGCUUACCUUUACUCACUGAGCCAUGUGGUAAUGAGGUCACCUCGUGUCUCGCAGUCAGUGACUGUGGAACGUUCCUGGGUUUGGGCUCAGUCACUGGGUCUGUGGCCAUUUACAUCUCUUUUUCCCUUCAGAAGCUGUAUUACGUGGAAGAAGCCCACGGCAUUGUGGUAACAGACCUCGCCUUCUUUCCUGACACAAAGCAAGGCAGGGCCCUGCGGGGUGACAAUGAGACCGCCAUGCUCAGUGUCGCUGUGGACAGCCGCUGUAAACUUCAUGUGGUGCCCAACAGACGAACGUUCCCUGUGUGGGUGGUGCUGGUCCUGUGCGCCGUUCUGGUGGUCUUGGCGAUUACGCUGCUUCAGUACACGUUUCCAGACUUCUUCUAGACAGAGACUGCAUCAGCCCACCAUAGUGUCUGAGAGGUCAUGGGGGGGGUCGGUGGCAGAGAGCCCCAUGUACCCUCCUGGCUCCCGCUGAGGACGAUCGGCUGUGUCAGUGGUGACGUUUCUCUACAUUCCUCAUCUGCUGCCUCAUUAGACGGGGAACAGGGACAAGGAGCUGACGUUUCCUGUACACCGCCACAUAGAUGGGAAGAGAAGGUAUAUAUAUCUGACGGUGACUGCCAGAUAGACCAAGGUGCCCGAGGUGAUGCCACCACCGGAAGAGUGCCUCAUGAUCAGCAAAGGCUUCAUCCCAUCUGAGGAGUCUCUUCCAGAGCCCGGGAGAUGGUCCCUACCCGAUGGUGGGUUACACAACACAAUAUAGCUUCUCCAAUAAAGAGCGUUUUUAUACUCGG